AUACACACCUACACACACACACACACACACACACACACACAUACACACCCCUUGUCCUACAGGAGCAUUACAGACUAUGAUGUUUAGUUUUAGACAGCUUGAAAGGAACUUUUCGUCAACUCCACAGAACACAAACUGACAGAUCUAUGCGGAACAAACUCACAGCCGGGUGUCAGCAGGACAGAGCGAUGUGAGAAUGCUGCUGCUCUUAUUUUCCUCAAGAGCCCCUGGCACAGAGAGGCACUGACCAGCCCACACAAACAUGCCAGCAGUGCUUCACUCAUCUGCUGAGUGGAUGCAGAGAGGAAAGGGGAGAGUACAAAAUAGAUGGAAGUUAGAAUUGAGCAGUAGAGAGAGUGCGGAUUAAGCAGGAGAGGAAAAUGGAAAGGAAGAGAGAGAGGGAGAGGAGUGACUCCAUCGAUAAGUGGAUCUAUCAUCGAGCGGCCACUAUUGAACCUGAGUUUGAAGCUGGCUGUGUACAUCAUGGCAUGCUGCUGCUGCUGUCCAAUUCCGUGCCUCAGAAACUGCUUCUUAUUUUCAGGUUGGUCCAAUCCUGGCUUUCAUAGAUUUUUGCCAUGAGAAGAAAGAGUAACUUUCACAGGGAGACAUCACAGUGUUUCUGUCAGUCAUGGGUAAUAGCUUUACCCAUGAAGCGAUAUCACCCGCUGAGCUCGAUGCCUUAUGGAAUGACCCUCCAUAUGCUUUAGCAGCCGUCAGUGAGCUCUUUUCGCCCAAUGACGCCAUGAUAGCUGAUGAGGAAGCGGAGGCUGAGGCCGACGUGGAGCCAGAAGGCAUAAGCAGAGAGAUUUACUGCAGGAGGAAGGAAACAUUCAGCGGAAGCAGCACAGUAUCUUCAGUAGGAGAACGCGUCCCUCCAGAUGUUGUUUUGUUAUUUAGCGGGAGGCGACGAUCUGGUGUAACGCUUGACGGUGAGCUUCAGGAGGCACUACGUACCAGACUCCGAGUAGUAGAGAGCAACAGCAAGGAAGUUGUUCAGCUAUUCAAGGAUCUGUCUGCAAGACUUGUGUCUGUUAAUGCUGAAAAAGACAGCUUUAUCAUCACCUUUAAGACUGUGGAGGAGAUUUGGAAGUUCUCCACUUACCUGGCACUCGGAUAUGUAGCAAGAUGUCUCGAAAACUUCCUGUGUGACCAGUCGUUCUGGCUGGAUCCUGCAUUGCUAAGUGAUGUAGAGAUCUGUGUAACAGUGGAUGAAGACCACUUAGCUACUCUUUACUUAGGACUUCUGCUACAAGAAGGUACAUUCUUUGCCAAGACUUUAUAUAACAGCGAUUGCAGAGAGGAGGAAGAGGAGCUGACCUACAGGAGGAAUGACCUGGUCAUGGUUAAAGACAUAGGACAAGAGACCAUUUGGGAGGGUAUGCUGCUGUCCACGGGCCAACAUGGUUUGGUCCCUGUGCAUGAUAUGCAGCCUCUGCCCUAUCCAUUCUAUCAGUGGUUCCUUAAGAAAUAUCCCGGGAAUGCAGGGGGGAUUCCAGUUACAGAAGGCCUCUUCGAUCACCCUGUUGUGGUGGGGACUUGUAUAGCAGUAGUGGACCAUCACCCAGUGGUUAAAGAUGAGCUGCACUUAUGCAAGGGAGACAUAAUCAAGAUUGAGGGAUUUGUUUUCAAUGCUCUGAACAUGUUCAUAGGAAGGCACCUCACCAGUGGAGAGAUAGGAUUUGUUCACAAGGCCAGUGUAAAACCUCAGAGCAUUGAGCCUCUCAAUGAACAAUUGGUCUUUCUCAGUGAGGAGGAAAGGGUGGCCCUCACUAAACUUAACCCCUGCUUUGAACCCUACCAGUCUGAUGUACUAGCAAAUCUAUCCUUCACUGAUAUAAGCACUGUGUAUAGACUGGAUAGACUUGAUGACUCUGAUUUCCCUUUCAUAAGAAAUCAUCCGAAGUCAGAGCAGAAAUCUACAGUGGAUCAAAGAAGGAGCACCAUAUCUGAAAUCAGUGGUGCAACUCCCUACCACUCUUCACCACGGCAAUCGUUUUGUACCUCUCAGAAUCAUCUCGACCGGGACUCUGAGGUCCUCUCCUUUAACCUGGAGGACACCUUUAGAGAGAUGGAUGAAUAUGAGGAAGACCCUCCAAACUUCAUGGAUGAGGGUAUCUGGGAGGCUGAUGAAGCUGAGAGAUGUGACCCAAUCCUGACCCUCUUAAAUCUGGAAUAUUUCCAGGACACAUUUCAAACACUUUAUGACCUCUCCUACUCUUUCCUGGACACUUUCUUCCAUGGCCUUGCAGAGGAUGAGGUGCUUCAACAUCUGGAAAACUUGCGAGAAGGAGCGAAGAAAGGCAGGAUGCUCUGGGCCCACCGGCGAGCCUGCUUCCUUCUUGGCCGGCUAUGUGCCAAGAAACUGAAGUACUCACAAGCACGAGUGUACUUCGAGGAGGCUCAAAAGGUCCCUGUAAAUGGUUUUGAUGACAGACCUCUUCUAACUGCACUGUAUACCAAUCUCACUGCUGUUUACCUGAAACAGAAGAUGAUGGACAAACUGCCAUUCACUCUAGAAAAGGCAAGUGCUCUAAUUAUGUGUCUUCCUUGCCACAACUUCUGCUCUGUGGAUGAGUUUGAGCUGCUCAAACCAAUCAUGCGCAAAGCCAUAAUUGAAAAAGACAAGUACCUAGAGGCACGGACAUGCUACCUCUCCCUCUGUCUCUUUCUCCGUCUAAGAAAAAUAGAGGAUGCUUUACCUUUUGUAGAGAGACUUCAGUUCCUUACUAUCACUCUGUCUGCAGAACAAGGGAGGCCAGUAGCCCCAGUUGAUCUCAACUGGAUGCUGUGCAGGCUUUAUCAUAAAAAGUAUUUGCCCUACCUCACACUAGCUUCUUUAAGUCUAGACUCAGGGCAAGAGCAUUCCUUGGAUGAUGCAUUCCAGAAAAUUGAACUCUUUAUCAAAAACUCAGUCAGGCUUAAUCCGCACUGGAAGGAGAGUACUUCUGUGCUUCCUGCACAGGUGGUGGUCUACCUUCAACAGGCCUUGUCAAUAGCUAGUCAAGGGGAAGACUUGAGGACUCAGAGGGACCUGUGCCUGAGCCUGGCUAGUGUUUACCAGCAGCAUGGAGCUUUAGAGAAGGCUGUGCCUUUUGCCCAAAAAGCAGCACAGACUGGAAGCCAGGUUAAUGAAGAGGAGGGCUUUGAGGCAUCCAUACUGCUGGCCUGGCUAUUGGUGCUAACAGAGGAACCCAUACAAGCUCAGAAUACUCUGCAACCUGUGCUUAAAUCUUUGGAUGAAACAGACAGUCCAACACAGCGUGGUGUAGUCUACAACCUUCUAGCCCUAUGCCACCGCAAACAGGGCAGAGUCCAAGAUGCAGCAAGAAACUUUUAUAACGCUCUUCAGAUCUCUCGAGAGAAUGGGAACAAACGCAAUGAAGCACUAGCACUGGCUAACUUGGGCUGCUUAUCUCUUUCUAUAGGGGCUUCGGGCUUAGCAGAGUGUUUCCUACUCAAUUCCCUCCACCUAUUCCAGUUUCUUUCAGAGAGUCCUACAGAUCAGGAGCAUGUCCAGGCUUUGCUUUGGCUUGGCCGGAGCUACAGGGAUAGAGGAGGGAGUCAGGAAGUCAGACUAUGCUUUGAGAUGGGCCUCCUUAUUGCUAUUAGUGCUAACAAUCUGCACAGUCAAAUGGUUGUGGCAAAAGUUCUAAGUCGCCAUUACGCUGACUUGCUGCUGUAUGGACAGUGUAUUGUUUACUAUGAGCACUGUGUGGGGCUGUGCAGAAUGCUUAAGAAUAAACAGCUAGAAGGAGAGUACCUGGAACUUCUCAGCAGCCUCUAUCUCUCACUCAACACUGAGAAGUCAUCAAGGAAGUCUCUUGAUUAUUCAAAGCAAAGCUUAAGAAUCUCCAUAGACCUGGGAAAAAGACAGGAAGAGUCUGAGACAUGGCUGCAAGUGGGCCGUAUCUACUAUCUGAUCCAUGAAGAUGAACUGGCUGACAUGUACCUACAGGCAGCAGUAAAGACAGCCCUGAGGAUGAACGACUCAUGCUUUGCUAUGAGCAUUUAUGAGGAAGCAGGAGAUGUGUUCUUCAAAGGACACAGAAACCAUCUGGCUGCCCUACCUUUUUACAGAGAUGGGAGUUUGCCAUUUGCGCGCAGCAUUAAGGAUGUGCACUCAGAGUUUAGGCUUUUGAGCAAACUCACAGAGCUCCUGAUGAAGCAGAAGGAGUAUGAAGAGGCACUGCAGUAUGCCACACUCGCAGUGCAGGUCAGCGCCACAACUGGUGUUGCUCUGAAUGAGAGAGUGUCCUUCCAUCGUCUUGCUUCAGUAUACUUCUCUCUAGGGAAGUUUGAGAUGGCUGAGAACUACUACCUGAAGUCUCUUUCACUCUGCCCCACUGCACUUGAACAUGCCGUUGAAGUUCGGUACUAUGUUAAAGUGUACUGCAGACUGGCUGACCUGACCCUAUACAGAUUAAAGGAUGCAUUUGAUGCCAUGGGCUACUUCCACUUAGCCCUGGCGGCAGCACUGGAGGACAAAGAAAGCCUAAGCACACUUUACAUAAUCUACAUGAAGCUUGCAGAGAUCCAUGCCAACCACAUACCCGAUGCUGAACUGAGUAAAAGCUACAUGGAAAAGGCGCAGAGCCUGAGGAAGGAACUGGCAGGAUACACAGACUCUAGCGGCACAGAAGAAGCACAUCAGGACCCAGCUGAGGCAGAUUCAGAUACUCACACCAAAGCUGGUCGGUCAGACUCCAGCAGCGGCACCAGUACUCUCACAGAGUCCAGUAUGACCGACACUAAUGUGGACACUAACGUAUCGAAGGAAACAGAUGCGGUGCAUCCUGAUCAAACCAAUCCAGAGACUAGCUGUGCAGAUAAUACAAACCACACUCGUCAAAGCAGUUUGAAGGAGGGCUUGACUUUAGUAUUGUGAAUUACACAAUUCUAUCACUCUGAAAAAUUUACUUCCUCUAAUGUAGAACAGCGAUAAGACACUUUUUCUUUUCUUUUUUAUCAAAUGUUCAAAAUUGUAUAAUAUAUAUUCUAUUAGUGUUUCAAAGUAAAUUUUUAAAGAGUUCGCAUAAUUGUAAAUGCAUUUGUAUAUCUGUAAAUAUGAUUGUUGUGUUUGUUUGUUUUUGAUUUAUCUGUCUGAAGGCUCUUAAAAUGUUUACUUAAUUAAAGCUUAAUAAAUUAUUUUAACGUCCAUGGGGAAAAUACUGAUUCUAUAGCAUGUGCAUGAUCCUACAGAGCAGAAUCAUUUUUAAUGAAGCUCUAUUAACAAAACUGGCUUAAUGCUCGAUCAAAGUGGAUAAAUUUUAAAACGCCGUUUUUGUUUUGUAAUGUGGACUGUGAAAACGGAGGCUUUUGAAAAUGGUGACGCAAUUUUAGUCAUGUAAAACAUAUUAUACAAAUAGAUAUCCGUGUUUAUACAGGUAUUGUGCAUGUUAUGUGCUAUGUACUUUCACACAAAUAGAUGUGGGGCGGAUCUACCGGAUCCACCCUAAAAGAAAGCAUCGCCACCCCAGUUGGUAGCAACAAAUUAAAAGUUAUGUCCAAUUUGAAAAUUUAUGAGCAUAAAUCUCCAAUGUCCAACUGCAGUGAAUGCAGCCAGCACGAGAGGACACGACAGCGGCAAGAGACUGAUUUGUUUGGAAAACUUUCUGAGUGCGCGCGAAGCGAGGGAACAAGGAGUCGCGACUAGCGAGGAGACACAGGAGGAAAGAGGUAAAAAUGAAUUAUCUAUCUAUCAAUUAACUCGUUAGAUCUAGAUAAAUUUGUGAAGUGAAGUGAAAUCGCCGCAUUCAGGUUAUAUAAACAUGACAUAGUCAUGUUAUGCUCACUGGUGAGCCUUUAAAAAGCUGUUAAAAUGACCUCAACAGAAUCUGUACUUUAAAUUUCUUUAUAUCUGGUUUUGGAAACUGAGAACCUUUAAUAAAACAAAAAUUGUGAGAAACAAAGUUUAAAAUGUGACACUCGUGUAAAUGGUGUAAAUCUUGCUGAAUAUGAAGCAGUGCUUUUUUAUGUUCCUUAUUUUGUAUGUACAGUCACAGUCAAAACAGUUUGCUUCUAUUCAGUAUACAGUCCAUAACCAUACAAUCAGAAGACUGUAUGGUUAACUUAUUUAUAUUUUGACUCUUAUACUUUGUUUAAAGCGCUAUAUAAAUAAAGGUGACUUGACUUGA